AUGGGAAGCCAUGUAAUUGACCUUAACAUUCAGCUCAUAAAGUGGGGAUUGACUUUUGCUAUUUUCCCUUUCUCGAGCAAAGGGUGCGGUGUGCCAAGCAUAAAAUAUAAAAACAACUUUGCCAGAGAGAUACGCCCUGGAGAGUUCCCAUGGCAAGUCCAAUUGCAGUUUAACUGGAGGUAUUUGUGUGGUGGUGUUAUUCUGAACAGAUGGUGGGUUUUGACAACAGCACAUUGUGUUUUCAUGUUCUCCAGCGAACUCUAUCCGAACCUGGUCAUCAUUGCUGGGACCCUUCAGCAAGACGACGUGCAAAUCAUUUAUAACGUCCACAAAAUCAUUUUGCACAAAUAUUUUGCUUACGAUCUGUUUGGGGUUAAAAUUCCAGACCAUGAUAUCGCCCUUGUUCUGGUGCGAGAGCCAUUUAUAUUCAACAACCUGGUGUCCCCAAUCUGUUUCCCAGAUGAUCGACACCUUGACAUGGAUACAGUAGAAAAUUGCUGGGUUACUGGAUGGCAACUGAGAAGUGUAGCUCAAGGUCCCAUGCCUCCGAUCUACCACAUGGUGAAGCAGAAUGUUGGGCAUCAGACAAUUGCAACCUGUGAGAAGUUCUACCCACAGAACCUGAGGAAAGAUCUGAUUUGCGUGACAAACUGGGACAAGAAGCAGUCUUUGUGUAUGGGAGGUUACGGAGCCCCACUCGAAUGCCAGGACAAGCGCACGAAGGUUUGGAUCAUAGCCGGAGCUGCCAGCUUCUGCAAACAGUCGUGCAACUACACCGCCCUGUUCACCAGGUACGCCCACUACCUGGACUGGGUGGAAACCUGCACCCUCUUGGCGGGGAAGCCGUUCCUUCCCGUCCAAAUGCCCCCUAAGCCCACCCUCUCCUGCAAGAAAAUCAGGCACUCGGUCAACCGCAACUCCAGGCGGAAGUCAACGGGGAAGUGGGAACGGAGAUGCAAGUGGAAAAAGCAGCGACCGCACAAGGUAGUCUUCGGGAGCAACUUGUCCAAUCGGCAGUGGGAGCCACGGCAGGUCCUCCCCUGCCUUGCACUGGUGCUGCUGCUAUUCACAACACUAAGCUGAGUAAAGGAGAGGGUUUACUGAAGGCUCGCACUGUGAA